CAGCCUCAGUCAGCAAUGCACUUUUGCCCGUCGUGCUCGAACCUGCUCCUGGUGGAGAACGGCGUCGGCGAGAACGGCGAGACGUGUCUGGUGUGCCAGACGUGUCCGUACCAGUUCCCGAUCCGGCGGCAGAUGAUCUCGCGCACAAUCCUCAAGCGCAAGGAGGUGGACGAUGUGCUGGGCGGCGAGGAGGCGUGGAAGAACGUCGAUUCGAUCGAGACGCCGUGUCCCAAGUGUCAGCACCAACGAGCCUACUUUAUGCAGAUCCAGCUCCGGUCCCUCGAUGAGCCAGCAACCAUCUUCUUCAAGUGCUGCAACUCCGAGUGCAGCCACACCUGGAAGGAGGGGUGAGAAACU